UACGAGUAUUCAUCACGAGAUUCACUUACCACGGAUCAAACGACUUAAAAGAGAUCACUAGAUACUGAAUUUCCCUAUAGAUUACUCUUCUAACAAGCGCGUCAUUUUUUGGAGCCACGCAUUUUUUAAUUUCGUGCGGCGGCAACACUGAUACGAUUCCAAUAUGGCGAAUGUGAGGGACAGUGAUACGUCGUUGUGGCUUCAUAACAAAUUAGGAACGUCAAACGAUAGUUGGACUGGAAGUUCUAUUUGUUCACAAUUAAACGCCGAAGUUCUACGAAACAUUAAGGAUUGUUUUCCGGACUUACAAACACAAGUUAAGCUCAAAUUAUUGCUUUCAUUUUUUCACAUACCCAGGCGCAAUGUUGAAGAGUGGCGUAGCGAAUUGGAGGAAAUUAUUGAAGUGGCAUCGUUGGAUAGCGAAUUAUGGGUUUCGAUGUUAUCCGAAGCGAUGAAAACAUUUCCAGCAACUGGAUCUCUUAAUACAGACAUUACAGAUUUGGAUGAACAUCGUCCUAUUUUUAGUGAGCUUGUCAAUGACCUAAGAAAGCUAUUGAAGAAACAAAAUGACCCAGCGAUGCUACCACUGGAGUGUCAUUAUCUAAAUAAAACAGCUCUCAUUUCAGUGGUCGGUCAACAACCUACACCUACUAAGCACUUUACACUGAAACGAAAACCUAAAAGUGCUGUUUUAAGAGCAGAAUUACUCCAAAAAAGCGCCGAUGCAGCAAACAACCUAAAAAAGAGUACAGCAUUAACUGUUCCUGUAAGAAGUAGAGGGAUGCCAAGAAAAAUGACAGAUACAACACCUCUCAAAGGUAUUCCUAGCAGAGUACCAACGGGAGGCUUUAGAUCGCCAGCACUUACACCAUCCUCGAUAUACACCAGAACACCAAUUAGUAAUAGAAUUCGCAAGGACGGUGGUAUCAAACUUUUAGAGAUUGAUGAACAACCUCUAGGUUAUGCUCAAGCAAAAAAACGAAAGCGAAUGCUAGAAUUGGAAGAACAACAGAAGAAAGUUGCAGAAUCACAAAAUGCUACUGCUACCACACCAACCCCAGCACCUACGGAAACUCCUGCGACACCGGAAUAUGCUCAAGGUCUUGCUCCUAUCAACCCGCCAGCUACUCCAACUGCAUCAACACCAACAACCCAAUCUUAUGUGCCACCAACAACACCCGGUAUUCCAUUACCAGCUACACCUCCGACUCCAACUACACCUACAACUCCUACGACAUCAGCUACGAGUGUUCCCGUACCUACAUCUCCAACAAUUGUACCUACAGAAACUACUACACCUGUUGGAGUGCAAACAGUGAGACCAGCGCAAACAGUAACGCAAAUCAGAAUUCAAACAACAGCACAGCCUGCCAACGCUGCAGCCAAUACCAGAAAGGGCUUAUCUCUUACGAGAGAACAAAUGUUGGAGGCUCAAGAAAUGUUUAGAACUGCUAACAAAGUGACUAGGCCAGAAAAAGCACUUAUUUUAGGAUUUAUGGCUGGUGCAAGGCAGAAUCCUUGUCCGAAAUUAGGUAAUAUCGUAACUGUGAUGUUGUCAGAAAAUAUUGAAGAUGUAGUGCAACCAGAUGGAACAACAGUGUCAAUGCUUGUUGAAACACAUUUUCAAAUGAAUUACACGAAUGGGGAGUGGAAGAGGAUAAAAAAAAAUCGACGAGUUGUUACAGAAGACAGUGUAAAUGCAAGUGCACCAGCUCCUACUGCAACAGCUACUGCUUCAAAUUAAUUGGAAGAUGCCAAGCGCUUUAUGUAUCCGUUAUUUUCGGUUUCCUCUGAUAGUGGAGCUACGCACAUGUCACUAUAAAAACGUCGAAUUUUUUUUUUAUAUAUAUAUAUAUACAUAUUAAAUAACAUUAGAAUUAUAUUGUGGCCUAAGUGCCUAUGGAAUCGUGUUGUUGAUAAUUUAUAAAAAUCUGUCUCAAACACGAACCCAUCAGUAACAAAGGUAGGUAAAUAACUGAGACUGGAUUAAUAAUUGAAUUUAGAGAUAAUUUAUAUCUUGAAAGGUGAUAAUCGCUCUUGAAUAUAUCACAGUGAUUAUUGUAUUGAUUCUAUUACGACACAUAUUAUAUAUAUUAUAUAUUUACAUAAUUAACAGAAUUUAAAUUUAAAAAAAAAUUAAGAGUAAGACUUAUAAUAUUGUUACGCGAUCAAAAAAUAUACUUAUAUUGACUAAAUUACGUGAUGAAUAAUAAUACAAAUACUUAAUGUAACAAAAGAUGGCAGAUAAAGAUUUGCUUCACUUCGUGAAAAUUUCGUAUUGAAAUUUUUAUCAUUUAGAUAUCGCGUUCCACAUUGCCUAUGCCCUAAAGUUCUUUUACGUUUCGGUGCAACAUAACCAGGAAUUGAAAUGCUUGGUUCAUCUAAUUUUCCUGCUGUAAUUAACUUGUUAAAGUCUUGCUCAAUUUUAUUAGCAUAUGGUCCCCGAAAAUGCAAGAAAAAUUGUAUACAAGUUCCAUCAUGAAGAAUUUUUGUCUUUCUACUGUCUAUGGAUAUCAUCCAUUCUGGAAUACCCAUAACGUGUCUUACAUCUUCUAAAAACUGAGCUCUAAAAAAGAAAUUAAAUAUUGUAAUAUUGUUUAAUAAUUAAUUAAGUUGUUCAACUUACGUAACAAAUUUUGGAGGCUUCUGAAUGUUAGCAUAUUUUACAAUGUCAUAGUCAGGUUCAAUAGUGGCACAGGCAAAUUUUCGCGAGCUAAAAUCGUGAUCCAUAAUGACAAUAGAUUUGCCUAUAGCUGAUACUGCACCUUCUAAUGGAAAGUUUGCAUCUGCAAAAACUCGACGCUCUAAGCCAAUAUCUAUAGGACCAAGUCGUGCAGAGAGAUCACCGACAUGGCAACGAAGAGGUUGAUCAGGACCACAUUCUUGUUUAUAAAGAUCUUCCUACAAUGGAUAAAAUUUUUAUAUUUAGAUUUAUUAGUAAAAUUAUUGAUUUACUAUUUAAGUGUUAUUAAUAUAAAAAAAAUAUUUACAUUUAAUGGAUCUGCUAAUUGCGUAAAAUAAGGAUUCCAAAUAUAUCCUCCCGCAACACAACGAGUAUCUUGAGUUUUUACUAUUGCAUCUACUCCUACAGGAUUAACGAAAAUCGCCCAGUUAUGAUUCCUAGUCUAAAUGUAGGUUAUUAUUAAUUAUAAAAUAAAAU